AUGGUGUCACGAAAUUUAACGGAGGUGUUUGUGUUGAUGCGAAAUAAUGCCAUACAUAGUCGACAGCUAUUUUCUGAGGCAAAUGAUUCGGAGCGAAUGCGUUUGAUGAGGUCAAACUCUCGCGACGUUGAAGGAGGGAUUGAAUUGCGAUCCGAGUCGCACGCGCCGCCGCCAUGGACUGAUGCUUUAGAAGAAGCACAUUACGUUAUAACAAGACUUCGCACCAAACUGUCAGAGUUGCAAACAAGGCAUGAACGCCAGAUCAGGCGGCCAGCCUUGGACGACAGUACAGAGCAACAGUACAUUGGCAAGCUGACGACAGAAAUCGGUCGCCAUUUUACGCACGCACACACACAUCUAUCCGCUAUUAAAGCCCAGGCAUAUCAAGGUAACAAAACAGAGCAAAAGCUAGCCAACAAUGUUGUUUUAGCAUUGGUUACAAUUUUACAAGACCUGAGUGUGACAUUCCGGACCGCACAGUCCAAUUAUUUAAAGUCGCUGACUUCCCAAGAGGAACGUUCCAACGCCUACUUCGACCUUCCAAACUUCGAAGAACUAAGUUUAGGAGACAACGAAUUGCUUCCCGGACUGACUAACAACCAGACAGACCUUUUGUUCUCGUUGCCGAGUACAUCAAAUCACAACUAUCAUGAUGAGGAUAAGGAUUUAGACGGAAUGUUCCAGAAGCCAGCUUUAAGCCAAAAACAAAUGCUGCUAAUGCAGGAAGAGAACACACAAAUGGUGGCUGAAAGGGAGGAAGAAGUAAAUAAAAUUGUCCGUUCAAUAGUCGACUUGAACGAUAUAUUCAAGGAUCUAGCCCAUAUGGUCCAUGAACAGGGUACAAUUUUAGACCGUAUAGACUAUAAUAUAGAACAGACUCAAGUCCAAGUUCACGAAGGUUAUAAACAAUUGCAAAAGGCCGAGCGAUAUCAAAGAACCAAUCGGAAAAUGCACUGUAUUCUUAUAUUGGCUGUGACAUUAAUUAUAUUAGUUAUAUUACUUAUAAUAGUGAAGAGUUAG